AUGGCAACCGAAACAAACAAAGCCUGUUUGCUCUAUGGCCCAGGUGAUGCUCGCUUUGAAGAGAUUCCCAUCCCAUCGCUGGAAAACAACCCCCGAGAUGUCCUGGUUCGGAUCGCGUACACUGGAGUAUGCGGGAGUGAUGUCCAUUUCUGGGCUCAUGGGGGCAUAAACGAGAUGGUACGCCCGGGGCACCCGGUCACGCUGGGCCAUGAAGCGUCUGGCGUCGUCGCGAGCGUUGGAUCGGCGGUAACAAAGGUGCGCGUGGGGGACCGCGUGGCUAUCGAACCUGGAUAUCCCUGUCGCCACUGCUCGUUUUGCCUGGCAGGCAAGUAUAAUCUAUGUCCGGACAUGACCUUUGCCGCAGUUCCUGGACCGGGCGAUGUUGUCCAUGGCACGUUGGCGACAUUCUUCCGCCUGCCGGGGGACUUCUGCUACAAGCUCCCCGACCACAUAGGGCUUGACGAAGGCGUUAUGCUUGAGCCCCUUGCCGUCGCGGUGCAUGGCCUCCGUCUUGCAAAGCUCAAGCCAGGCCAAGAUGUGCUUGUUCUUGGGGCAGGGCCGGUUGGUUUGCUUUCAGCCGCGGCAGCACGGGAGUUUGGUGCUGGGCGCAUCAUUGCAGUGGAUCUCAACGAAGACCGGCUGACAUUCGCGGCAGGCGAAUUGGGCAUCUCGAUAUACAAAUUUGACACGGCAAAGUCAGUGGAAGAAAACGCCGAGGACUUGGCUGCUCAACACAACCUCCCCGAGGGAGUCGAUGUCGUCGUCGAAGCAACCGGGGUGGUGUCGUGUAUACAAACUGGCAUUGCACUAGCCAGACGAGGGGGCUCGUAUGUCCAGGUUGGGCUGGGGAAAAAGAUUGUCGACUUUCCUAUGGUUGUGAUGAGCGAGAAGGAACUUACUGUGCGAGGCUCGUUCCGGUAUGGGUUUGGUGAUUUCACUCUGGCCUCCAGUCUUGCCAGUCGAGACAAGAUCCCCUUGAGAAGCUUUAUCAGUAAUAUAUUCCCCUUUCGCCAGGCCCCUGAUGCGUGGGAGGCUGCUCGAAGGGGGCAGGGAAUCAAGGUCCUUAUCCAGGUUGACGGGAGCCAAAAUUAA